AUGUCUGGCACGCCUGAGUCUGUCGACACCGAGCGGGGCGGUGAGCAGGACGGGCCGACACCACGCCAACAACGGAGUGUCCUCCCGUCGUUCCUCUUCAUCUCCUUCGUGCUCUUCAUGAUCACAAACAACGGCGGCGAAGAGCUAGCGCAGCGCACACGCUACCUCGACACCCUAGAUAACAUCAACCAGCAGAUUGCGAACUAUUCAGCGUGGCUGAACGGCACUGCGCCAGAGAAUUUCACGCUCGUCAUGCAAGAUCCUGUUGUUACCACUCUCGUGGAAAGCCUCAUGACGUUCGGGAGCCAGGUCGAUCCGCAGUCGGCGUCGUACUACAGAAACCUGACCGGCUUCUGGCGUGGCGAUGUCCGAUUCCAUAACCUCACAGACCUGAAGAACAAUGCGUCUGUACCACCGUCGCCAUGGUAUCAGCUCGCAGAUGAACUUGUCGCGAGCGCAAAUCUCACGAACGCAACUGAGUUCGCGAGCAGAGUUGGGUCGUGGAAUUGGACACGCUCAGACAAAGUCCAGAUCAGUUUGGGAGACAAGCUUGUGUGGAACGAGAGCGAGAACAAGGACGUGACGAGAGAUAUUGCCAUGAUACAUGGCAAGAUCGACUUCAUGGAUUCAGAGGGCUCGGAAGAGUUGAGGCUCGAAGUCGAUGGCGUGCACUUUGUAUCGAAUGGCACUAUAUACGCAUUUGCCGAGCCAAGCGGGCAUGCCAUAGAUAUUCGUGACAUCCCAAUGCUAGUUCCGUCCGACCGCCUUAAAGAAACCGCUCGUGUUGUUGAAGCUGAGUUGAUCUCGAGGACAAAGAAGCUUAAGGAAAGAGUACAGGCGGGGGUGAUAGAAGAGAGCUCCGAGGACGAGGGCCCCAAGACCGGCUGCUUAUUCCAGUUCUUUGGGCAAAUUAACCAGAGUGAUGUUCCCCAGGCUCUGCUCCAGCAAGUUGAAGACGAAAUACAUGAGCCAACGGGGAUCUCUACUAUACAUGCUCCAGAUAUGAAGCUGCAAGGCGUUCUAGUGAGCAAGAACUGUGCUAUGAUAUAUGAGCUCCCAGAUAUCUCGGGCAUGAAGUCCCAGACUCUAUUCAGGAAGAUCACGUCGUAUGCGGGAGUGGCAACUAUCAUGAAUCUGCUUCUCCUCGCACUCCAUACCCGACAAGUAACCCGAAGUCGUUCGGCUGCUGGUCUUUCCCGUGUCUCGCGGUAUCCAUUCAUUGUCCAGAGUCUCAUUGACGCUGUUUCAUUCGUUGGGCAUGUCACUCUUGCUAUUCUCGCCGAAGGUCGAACAUCGAUCGCCGUGCUUGCACCCGCAGGCUUGGCCUGUGUUCUGUUCAUUCAGGAAGCUCAAUUUGCUAUCAUUAUUGGUCAGAUUCAAGCGCCUGAAGACGUACGGCCGACAGCAAGACCUCCUAGUCAACCAGCCGCUGCGCCACCUACGACGAACCCUGCACCAAGAGCAGCUCCUGCACCGAAUGCUCAGCCUGUCUUGCCUACAAUCACGACGACGCCACCGAGACCGAGCCUACUUCGUUAUAUGUUUGACCACAUUCGUAACGACCCGUCAGCCAGGAUGUGGUUCAUCAUCUCGUUCUUCCUGCUUGUCGUAUUCCGUCUUGUUAUUGCACUUUCAGUGCCGCUGCUCUUCAUUGGCCUACUCUACAGCUCUAUGUGGCUCGUGCAGAUCUAUCGUACUGUUCGUCGAGAAAGAGUGAGUGGCAUGGCGGGGGAGUAUCUCGUUGGAGUAACCGCCUGUCGUCUGUACUACCUUCUUUACUUUUUGGCAUGUCCCAAGAACGUUUUAGAUGUCGAACCUAGACGAUGGGUAUAUGGAAUGGCGUUAUGUAUGUUCCUCCAAGUCUUCCUCAUCCUUCUGCAGAGCCAUUUCGGCCCCACAUUUUUCUUACCGCGUGGAAUGGUGAGCAUCGAAACCUAUGACUACCACCCACCGAUGCCGCUUCCGGACCCUGAGGCGCCGGAGCAGUCUCUCGGGGAUUGCGCUAUCUGCAUGGAUGCGAUUACCGUCGACCCAGCGCUGCGCCAGCACAGCGACGAGAAGGGUGAGGUACACAGUCUGUCACGGAGGACGGGAAAUCUGCUUGCCCAGGGCGCAAGGAAGAGCUACAGUCUCGCACCCUGUCAUCAUCUAUUCCAUACAGCGUGCCUUGAGAGGUGGCUCGCUAUCAAGAAUAUUUGUCCACAGUGUAGGCGGCCGUUGCCGCCAUUGUAA